AUGAAGUCCACGGCUCUUCUCUCCCUCCUGGCCGGCGCCCGCGUGGCCUACGCUGGCGUGCAAGGCUUCGAUAUCUCGAACUACCAGUCCAAUGUCGACUUCGCGGGGGCCUACGCCGAUGGCGCGCGGUUCGUCAUGAUCAAGGCGACCGAAGGCACCACCUUCGUUGACAAGUCCUUCACGACGCACUACAACGGCGCGACCGGCGCCAACAUCAUCCGAGGCGGCUACCACUUCGCUCACCCCGACUCCAGCAGCGGUGCCGAGCAAGCUGAGUUCUUCCUCAAAAACGGCGGCGGCUGGUCCAACGACGGGAUCACGCUCCCGGGCAUGCUCGACAUCGAGUACGCCCCGUCGGGCGAUACGUGCUUCGGGCUCAGCGCGUCGGCCAUGGUCGACUGGAUCUCCGACUUCGUCGCCACUUACAAGGCGAAGGCGGGUCGCGAGCCCAUGAUCUACACCACCACCGACUGGUGGACGACCUGCACGGGCAACAGCGACAAGUUCGGCGAGUGCCCGCUUGUGGUGGCGCGGUACGCCAGCGCCGUGGGCGCCCUGCCCGCUGGAUGGGAAUUCCAGUCGUUCUGGCAGAACUCGAACGCGUAUGCGUAUGGUGGUGACUCCGAGGUGUGGAAUGGCGAUGAGACCUUGCUGAAGAAGUUCGCCAAGGGUGGUUAG